AUGCAAGCCAGACUCCUGGACGUACAAGAGCUCAAGGUUCUUGUCCACGAGCUUGGACACGCUUUCAAGGAGAUGCUUCAGGAAGACCCUAAGGCCUUCGUUGCGGAACGGCUGCUCGACUUUGAUGAGAGCUUCGCGCUUGUUCACGAGCAACUUCUGCGUCGCCCGCAGUUCUUGAUGGCCCUCUCUAAACACCGGGAGACAGGGGCCCCCCUUACCUUCUCGCAGGCAGCAGGACUGGGACUUGACUUGGUAGAUUUGCUGCACCCCAAUGGUGCCCUCGUCACUGCUGCGGUUGAUUUCGCGAUUCAUUCUCUGGACGCCUCCAAGGCUACCACGCAAAGUCUAGAAGAAUCGAUUCGGGCAGCCAUUGAGGAGUCCUAUUCCGGUGCCCUUGUGUGCUACAUCUUGGCGGAGAUGCGGGCGUUACGAAUCUUGCAACAACUGGAAAAGGGCCCUCCUAGCCGCGUCGGCCCCGCCCUGCCCGACUUGCGGGCGGUGAAGAGGGACUUGCUGCCGCUGCACCCAAGGGGCCCCCUGCCGCCCCUUAUGGGAACCUCCGGGGGGGCCGCUGCAGGGGCCUCCCUCGUGGCGCUCUACUCAGCCCCCAAAGACCUCCAAGGCGUGGAGUGCUUGUUAGGAGAGGCGCCUCCGAGUUGUCAAGAGGCUGUGGAAUGUUGGUCUCAUGAUGGUAUGGAGGUCUCACACGCCCAGUCAGUGCUCAUGAAUUUGAAAUGCUUCCAGGAAGGAAGAGGUUUGGUGACACAGUACGCAGUUUCUGCGCCGUGUCGUUGUAGAAAGGCCAAUCGCGAGCCCUAUGGCGUGAGGCUAUCGUUGUCCGCAAAGAAUGCUGGUGUAGAUGCGAAGAGCUGCGAUGAAUGGGGUGUACGAAAUCCCAAUGGCCACUUGUGGGGCAGUGUGGGUCCACCUUAG